UGGCUUUGGAGUUGCCCUUGAUUCAUUUCCUUUCCAGGCAAAGCCUGCUGAUCAAACAUUGGCAUCGCGGGGAUUUCUGGAGACGAUAAUUCAUGAUUCCGUGCGCAAGUUUAAGGGGGGUUCUUGUUUCCUUUUUGUUGAAAAGCUCGCCAAAAUUCGCUAUGUAUUUGGUUUGCUACAAUGUUCGACUCCAAUUAUAAGACACAAUAUAUCGGUGGCCAAAAGGAGAAAUUCGUAAGGUUGGAAGGCUCCAAUUCUUUUCGAUCAGAUAUGGCUCAAAGGAAUAGAUGUGGGUUUAGCUUAGAGGGUUCUCAAGGACCUGCGACUACGAAUGCAUCAAAGUCGUUUAAAAUGGUUCAAAAGGGAUCUGAAGGACUUCUUACAUUCGGCCGGUCACUGAAAUCCGGAGUCACACGAGCAGUAUUCCCAGAGGAUCUCAAAGUUUCUGAAAAGAGGAUAUUUGACCCUCAAGACAAGAGUCUUGUGUUGUGGAAUAAGCUUUUAGUUAUGUCCUGCCUUCUUGCAGUAUCAGUGGAUCCUUUGUUUUUGUAUCUUCCAGUUUUCCGGCCUGAGAAAAUGUGCUUGCAUAUACACAGCAGUUUGGCAUACACGACUACGACUCUGAGGACUAUAAUUGAUGUCUUUUACUUUGCGCGCAUUCUUCUCCAGUUCCGCACAGCUUAUAUUGCGCCUUCAUCUCGGGUUUUUGGACGAGGUGAACUUGUGAUUGAUCCCAAAGAAAUAGCAAGUCGGUAUAUACAUCGUUAUUUCUUUGUGGAUCUCUUCUCCGUGCUACCUCUACCACAGGUUGUAGUGUGGAAAUUUCUGCGUGGGGCAGAAGAUUACGAUGUAUUGAGUACGAAAAAGGCUCUGGUGAUAAUUGUUUUUGUCCAAUACAUUCCACGGUUUGUGCGGUUUAUUCCUCUUAGUUCAGAGUUGAAGAAGAGUCAGGGUGUAUUUGCAGAGACAGCAUGGGCUGGUGCAGCUUAUUACUUGUUAUGGUUCAUGCUUGCUAGUCAUAUUGUUGGGGCCUUGUGGUAUCUAUUUGCCAUUGAACGCAGAGAUACAUGCUGGUACCGAGCAUGCUAUCAGAAUCGUUAUGAUAAUUGCGAUACAAAAAAUCUAUAUUGUGCCCAUGAGGUCACAAACCUUGAAGCAUGGAAAAACAUCAGCUCGACGUUUAUUACACCAAUAUGCGAAAUAACCGAUCAGGAAAAGUCCCCGUUCAAGUAUGGGAUAUAUGCCCAAGCUUUGUCAUCUGGAGUUCUUGAUUCUGAAAAAUUUGUCUCAAAAUACUUCUAUUGUUUAUGGUGGGGUCUGCAGAAUUUGAGCACACUCGGUCAGGGGCUUGUAACCAGCACGUAUCCGGGAGAAGUUCUGUUUUCUAUAGCAGUAGCCAUUUUAGGCCUCCUCCUAUUUGCUCUGCUCAUUGGUAAUAUGCAGACAUAUCUUCAAUCUCUCACGGUUCGGCUGGAAGAGAUGAGGGUAAAAAAACACGACUCGGAACAAUGGAUGCAUCACAGAGUGCUACCGACAGAGCUAAGGGAAAGAGUGCGACGCUAUGAUCAAUACAAAUGGAUGGAAACGAGAGGAGUCGAUGAAGAGAGCUUGGUCCAAAACUUACCAAAAGACCUUAGAAGAGACAUCAAAAGGCACCUCUGUCUCAAUUUAGUUAGACGAGUCCCUCUCUUUGCAAACAUGGAUGAUCGAUUGCUCGAUGCCAUUUGUGAGAGGCUUAAACCCAGUUUAUACACAGACAACACAUUCGUGCUUCGUGAAGGAGACCCGGUGGAUGAAAUGCUCUUCAUCAUCCGCGGCCGCCUGGACAGUGUGACAACAGAUGGUGGGAGAUCGGGUUUCUUCAAUCGAGGCACCCUGAGAGAAGGCGAUUUCUGUGGAGAGGAGCUCCUCACAUGGGCUCUGGAUCCUAAGGCUGCUUCCAACUUCCCACCAUCCACACGUACUGUCAAAGCUUUGACAGAGGUGGAGGCUUUCGCUCUUACAGCUGACGAACUGAAGUUCAUCACCAGUCAGUUUAGGCGCCUCCAUAGCCGACAGGUGCAGCAGACAUUCCGAUACUACUCACAGCAGUGGAGGACUUGGGCAGCCACUUUUAUUCAAGCAGCAUGGCGUCGGCAUUCAAGAAGAAAGGUUGCUGAGCUUAACCAGAGUGAGUGUGACGACAGUGGAUCGGAUUACAGCAGCGAAGAUGAUUACUAUGAAGAUGAUGUGCAAGCUCGACUGAUGGGUCCAAGCACCUCGUCGAGGACGGAUACAGGUAGUUCUUCCAGGUUUAAGACAACCUUGUUUGCCACGAGAUUCGCUAGCAACGCUAUGCGUGGAGUCAGCAGAAUUCGUGCCAAAUCAGGUGCUGGGAAGAUCAAAUUGGCUAAACCACCUGAGCCUGACUUCUCUGGUAACUAGUUAGCUCCUGUGCUAC